CGGAUGUUCAAACUUUAUUGAUAUGAGUUUUACUUUCAAAUAAAAGGACUCAUCUGUUCAACCACCGUGGAUGUUUUGUGAAGUUUUUUUACGAGCAUGUCCCUUAUUUCCCCCCGCACUUUUAUAGUCUAAACCAAGGCCGUUGCUAUGGAGGACGUCACGCGGCUUGUGUCGUCAGGUGACUGUCUGAAGAUCUGGGACUCGAGCUCCAUGACGGUGCUGGAGCAGUUCAACCCUCACAGUACCACGCAUCCAGUGGCUCAAGUGUGCUGGAGCAGCAGCAACCAGUACUUGGUCAGUGCCAGCAGUAUAGGAGACAAGCUGGUGGUGACCAGUCUCAAGUCAUCUCCAGUUCCAGUGAUGGAGCUAGGUGAAGGGAAAAGGCAAACCCGUGUUAGUCUGAACUCCACGUCACAGUUCCUGGUCAGCGGAGGACUGGAUAACACGGUUAAUAUCUGGGACCUAAAGACGAAAAGGUUGCACCGAAACCUUAAGGACCACAAGGAGGAAGUGACAUGUGUGUCUUUUAAUGGAGGUGAUAGCUACACAGCAUCAGGCUCAACUAGUGGAGAUAUCAUCCUUCACAGCAUCACAACCAACCUGUCCAGCAAACCCUUUGGUCAUGGGCCAAAUGUGCCCAUCCAUGAUCUGAGGUACUCGCUGGUGAAGAGGUCUCUGCUGGGCACGGUGUCUGACUGUGGCUCUGUGGCGCUCUGGGAUGCUAACACUCAAAAGGAGCUGCACUUGUUCGAGGGGGCGCACAAAGCCCCAUGUUCAGGGUUGGCCUUCUCUCCGGCCAAUGAUUUACUCUUCAUCACUGUGGGGCUUGAUAAGAAGAUCGUCUGCUAUGACACCUCCAGCAAAAUGGUGUUUCGUAAUAAGCAGGUGGAGUCUCCGCUCACAGCCAUUGAUUUUACUCCAGAUGGAGCUGGACUGGUGGUGGGCUCAACACAGGGCAGAAUUUAUCUGUACGAUUUGAGAAACCUCAGUGCGCCGGUCAAAAUCACCACGGCUCACAAGACGUCAGUGACUUGCAUCCGCUUCCAGAACUCCACCUGCAAGUUAAAGUCCACUAAAACAUCCAGCAAGACUUCUCAAUCAAAUAAGAGGAUCUCAGCUAAACUGGACAUCCAGCAGACGGGACCCUCCACUCCAGCAUCUACAGUCCCACCCAGUGUGCCUGGCUCUGAAUUUCCUGGUGAUGGACAAGCCCAAGUCACAGGUUCUGCUGGUGAGGUGUUCUCCAGAGAGGCGGAGGGUCUGCACAGUCAAGCUCAGCUAGCAAAUGUGGAGAAAUUUAGCAGCAUCGGUCGGAACAGCCUAAACCUGGAUAUUUUCUCCCCUCUAAAUGAUGGUUUCAAAACACAUGGCUUGGCUGAAACUCCAACUUCAAGAAAUGGAGGCAGUAUAGAUAUGUUCUCGAGGGAAGGGGAAGGCCAGCACAGCACAGACCGGUUCAGAGUCGGCCGAAACAGCUUGGACAUCUUUUCACCUGUACGAGAUGAGUAUAAAGGGCAAAGACUGAGUGAUGUAUCAAGUGGAAAAAAAGACUUUGAAUACCUACCUCAUUUUCCUGGAGGCUCGUCCCAGAGGAUGACACCCUUGGGCACUCCAGUCAGUCGCUGCUACAGUCCCUCUGUGGUUCAGACUCCUCCACCAAUCAGAGAGGAGGAGCCCAUCACUACCCCACCACAACAGACUGAUUUACUGAACGGCAACAAGGUGGAGAAGAAGAACGUCCUCCAGCAGGACUUUGAUGUCAUAACCACGCACCCUUCUGCUCAGAGCACACGUGUCCAAUCCGUGCAGCCGUUCAACACACCUGAGCCCAGUCAGAGGAGAGAUCUGCCCUCCCAGCUCAUCUAUGACUCGCCAGUCAGCGGAUCUCCUUCUGCUGCUGCACCAGCGGCAGCAGCAGCAGUCGAAUCUGGAGCUGAGGGCCGUGGAGCUCCACUCACCUCUGUUCAGAUGAGCUUUGUCCGUAAUAUGAUCAAUGAGGCACUGGAGGACUUCAGGGACACAUGUCAUAAAGACAUUAUCAAUCUACAGGUGGAGAUGGUUCGGCAGUUCUAUAUUCAGCUGAAUGAAAUCCACGGUAUGAUCGAGAAGUCCUCUGUUAACGACUCACUCAUCGAGGAGAUAGAAAGACUGAGACAGGAAAACAAACAACUACGAGCCAAUUAUUAAAUACAUCUGUAGGCACGCAUCUCCCACUGCAGCAAUCCAUCCAGAAUCAGAGAGAACAGAGAGAAGCUCCCGUUUCUACUAGUGCCUUCACUCUGCAGACCGCCGCUCACAGUCUGCUCCUCUGUUUGUCAUACUGGCACACACUUUUGUAUUUGUUUCAGGCCAUAAAGGUUGUUUUUGUAAGAUUUCUAUGCCUUAAAAUCAAAUAGCAAGGAAGAGAACACACUUAAAGUUUUUUUUUUCCAAGGUUAGUAUUUCAUAUGUCCUAGUUUACAGGGAAAAAAUGCAUGUAUUGGCACUUAAGAUGUGAAAUGCAUGAAUGUUGUAGAGUUGAAGAAGCAUCUCAUUAUGAAUUUUGCCACGAUGGAUUGUGCUCUUCUGUAAAAGCUGUCCAGAUUAGUUUUGCAAAUCACAUGCCAAAAAUGAAAGGACACUGGUGAUGUGUAAGAGUAGGUAGAUCUAUGUAUUUUGCAACUCACAAAUGUGUGUAUUGGAGAUUAUUUGAAUGCCCUUGCUUCAAUAACCUUUGGUAUUGGUUUCAUAUGCUUUUGGCAGCACAUUUGCCAACAAAAAGCAAAUGACUAACUCAAAACCAUUAUCUGUACACUGUGCUCCUAAUCCACAAUUAUAAGGUGUCUUCCUAUAGACUGAUCUAAAUCAUUUCUGCAUUCAUAUGUAGCUGUGUUUUGUUUUCUUUCUGUUUCAUUACAAGCAUGUCAUAAGAUGAUUGCGUUUGGUGUGGUGUUACCUGGAGGACUUUUAUUUUAAAAUACCUAAAUUUGUCUGUGGCCAGAAAGUCAUAUUUUUUAAUAAAUAUAAUAUACAGUUA